UAAUCACUAAGUCUGUGACAUAAUCAUAAUCAGCUGGAGUCGAACGAGUUGUGCUCGAAAGUUUGAGCCGGCUUAUUUUGUUUUUAAAUUAAUUUGCAAUAAACUAUGGCAGCUCGUAAUAUUUUAAAAUUGGGAGCAUUGGAAGCGCCAAGAACCGCGUUUCUAUUGUGUGAUAUACAAGAAACUUUUAGGCCUCACGUUAAACAUUUUGGUGAAGUUGUGAAAGUUGCAAAUAAAAUGCUAGAAGCAGCGAAACACUUCAAGAUACCAGUUUAUGUCUCGGAACAAUAUCCAAAAGGUUUGGGGCAUACCACAAAAGACAUAAAAUUGGAAGAUGCAACAAUGGUUUAUGAGAAGACCAAGUUCUCAAUGUACACCCCCGAACUUCAAGAACGUUUGAAGAAGGAUGUACCAGAUUUGGCAUCUGUAGUCCUGUUUGGUAUUGAGGCCCAUGUGUGUAUAGAACAAACUGUCAUUGAUUUUCUGAGUGAAAAUAUUAAUGUCCAUGUCCUUGCUGAUGGGGUUUCAUCCAGAUCUUUAAUGGACCGUGGUCUUGCACUACAGAGAUUACAAAACCUCGGCUGCUUCGUGGGAUCAUCGGAGAACAUUCUUUUCAAAUUGUUGAGGGACAAGAACCACCCGGCAUUCAAGCAGAUAUCAAAACUUAACAUGACGCCCACGCCUGAUGAAUUCGGCUUGAAACUAUGAAAGAUGUUUAAUAAAUAAACUAACCAAACCGACUACACAUUGAAAUCGAAUUAGAGAUGAAAAUGUACCCACUAAUUUUCAAAUGUUACAGUAAAUUCCAACGAAUAUCACACAUGGCUAUUUUUCGU